GAAGCUUUCGGAACUUCGGAAGAGGCAUGGACGAUCGCAGAGGUUUGCUACCCUUUUAAGUUUUUGUGUGGCUGAAUAUUCAUUUCGACGAUGGCAAGUCACGUUAAAGAUAUUAAGCCGUUGCCGCAUCAUGCUAAACGCUCGAUCUGCAGCAGCCGACCCACAUACCGCGAAGGCCGGCGAGCGACAGCGGUCAAAGUUUACACGAUCAUUCAGGAAUCCUGUUAUCUACUCAUCACGAACGUUGCAGCCGUUGGAGCCAAUGAAGAGCUUCGAGACGCAUGCCUGGAGUACGGCGACAUCUCCGACUUUUACCCCGCCGACGGGUAUGAAACUGAACAGUUCACGGAAGCGUACAUUGUGAGGUACGCGCGGAUCCAAUCUUCCAGGGUGGCCAAGAAGAAACUCGAUGAAAAAUCCUUCUUUGGCUCCCAGCUUCACGUCUGCUACGCACCCGAAUUCGAGUCCGUGGAAGAAACACGCGACAAACUAUUAGAUCGUCAGCGAUACAUUGCCUAUAAAACAGGCCAGCCAUUCAAGUCUAGCUUGCAACGCCGCAAGCGUUGUGCUGAACAAGCGAGUCCGCAAGCGGUGGGCACUUCGUUUCCUAAUCAGGAUCACGCGGUUCUGCAGCAGGUGCAGAGCAUUCCUGGAUUUAAUCCGCUCUUCAACGACGAGCCUCUGUCAUUCAAGAAGCCAGAACAAACCGAACCACAAGAAGUGACGUCGAGUUCGACGGCGCCGAAGAGACAUGCGUCAGAACUGGCGCACCAAUCAUUCGAAAGGACAGUGUCGGUGAUAAGGGACACGAUUAAAAACGUCUAUGCCUCGAACUCACCAGCACAGCCUGAUAAUAUGCUCCCAUCUUCAGCAGAUACGGGUGGUGUCAGCUCGGACACAGAAACUGACGAAUACAGCAGGACAAUGUCUGCUAUUCGGGACAGAAUGAAAACUGUGGCUGUGCCGAACGUUGAUGUUCUUUUGCGGAAAAGAAAGCCGUAGUUCAUUAUUUUUGUGUAUGGUGUCCAUACACAAAUUCAUCACUGUGAAUUGUAGUUUAUGACAAUCUUUAGAUUAAAUACAGAUGUGUUUUCACAACCUGGUUUUAUGGCACAACAAAAA